CGAACUUCAGGAACUUAAGCCCCGCCCCUCUGCUCUGAUUGGCUGCUCGUAUGUUAUUAGCGUACAGUCCUUCAUAGCGGAGUCGAACACCAGCAUGUUCUGAGCAUCACAUCUGGUAGUAAACACUAACCGUGCACAUCGGUGUGUGUGUGUGUGUGUGUGUGGAUGGAUGUGUGCACGGCCCCGGUUACCAGCAUGACCUCUGGGUGUACGGAAGAUCAUUCCCGUGUGAUUCCGGGAGUUACCGAGAUGCAGGAGCCGAAGUUCCUCCCGUUCAGCGUGGAAGCCCUGAUGGCGGACCGGAGGCCGAACGGCUCUAACACCGGGACUUCAGCGCGUUCCCUUGGAACGGAGGCCGAUCCAGACCGGGCCGGUGCUCGUGUCACGUUCUCUGUGGACGUUCUGAAGGUGCCGGUAAAGGCGGAGAGCCCGGAGCUCGCGUGGACACAACCGGACAGCUUCUCUCCCCGGCGUCUCAGUCCUCCCGCGUGUCCGCUACGGAAACACAAGACGAACCGGAAGCCGCGGACCCCGUUCAGCACGGCCCAACUCCUGGCGCUCGAGCGCCGGUUCCGGCAGAAACAGUACCUGUCCAUCGCGGAACGGGCCGAGUUCUCCAGCUCGCUCAGCCUCACGGAGACCCAGGUCAAGAUCUGGUUCCAGAACCGGCGAGCCAAAGCCAAGAGGCUCCAGGAGGCCGAGCUCGAGAAGCUGAAGAUGGCCAGCAAACCGAUGCUCGCUCCGGCCUUCGGGAUCUCCUUCCCACACCUUCCCGGUUCAUAUUCGGGAUCACACGAGUUUCACAGACACUCGCUGAGCUUGAGUCCGGUGGGACUAUACACACACAUGGGAUACAGCAUGUACCAUUUAGCCUAAAGACGAGAAAUAUGACUCUUCCGCAGGUCUAUUCCGAAACAGUGGAAAUAAUAAUGACAUUUCACACGGGCUUGAGAGUUAUGAACUCAGAGUUAUGAACACGGCCUUGAGAGUUAAUAACACGGACUUAGUUGUGAACUGAGAGUUAUGAAUGGUCGAGGGAGAACUCUGUUUCACUCUUAAGUUUAUAAUUGAACGGCCUUUUUCAAACUCGCGUGAAUGUUUUUAACGAGCAUUUUAACAACUGACUGUUCUUUUAAUGAUUCCCUUCGAAAGGAAUUUCUGAACUGUAAAAUAUUGUACAUUUGGACAGAAAUACCAUUUAUAUGAUGAA